AAAGCAACCUGGCGUCCCCACAUAGAUUGGAGGAUUUGAUUUGCUCCCCUGUUCCUUUGAAACCAUCUAAGGAGGACGCCACCAGGAGUUGAUUCGGAUCUGAAUCCGUGGAGGUUCGGUGGCGAGCCAGGAGGACAAGCGUUUUGGACGGAACGGUGCAUGGUGUGGCCAGCCAUGACCAACAUAUGUACAGCUGCUCAGGGGACUGAAGAAACUGCUCUGAUGGAGCCAGAAGAACAGAUUUAUGUCAACAUUCAGGAGGUGGGUGACUACAGGGCUAAACACCAAAGACCAAGAGAAACUGAAACCAAGCCUGUGAGAACAGAUGCUGUGGCAAGAGAAGAAACCGAAACCUGGUCGCUUUUGAAAGUGGCUGCAGUUUGUCUGGCUCUGCUGUGUUUCCUCUUGCUGACCACAGUCAUAGGAGUCAGUGUACUGUAUGACAGGGACUUUAACCAGCUGUCCAGAGACCUGUCAAAUCAAACAGCAGAGAAAGACCAGCUCCUGGUCAGAUAUCAGAACCUGACUAAGAAAAUCGGAACAUGCCCUGAUGGAUGGACGCAGUUUGGUUGCAGUUGUUACUUCUUGUCUACAGCAACGAACACGUGGUCCAGUAGUAGACAGGCAUGUUUAAUGAAAGGAGCAGACCUGGUGAUCAUCGACAGCAAACGAGAGAUGGUGUUUCUGAAUAAGCUGAAGGCUCAUUGGAAGUUUUGGAUGGGUUUAAGUAAUUCACCUAUCCAAAGAAAGUGGGUAUGGACUGACGGAAGAUCACUUGGGACAGCGUAAGUGUGAAAAGAUAAUUCCAACUAACCAACUCAAAGAACAUGAGCAGAACUUCUCCUGCUGUGUCUCAAAUCGCAUACUUCUAUACUUACACAUGCUGUUCUGAGUUAUGGCAAAAUAUAGUGAACUGUAAGUACAAAUUAAGUAAGUUUUGAAAGCCAAAAGUUGGAACUUAUGGUCUGCCCCGUUGCAGUUGGGUGAAGAAGAAUAAGCAGUAAAAUGUUCAGUGAUCAUCAUUUCCAGUCAGAAAUGAGACACUUCCCUCCUGAAAUUAGCACGCUACUCCAGGAAGUACAUACUGUACACAGUCUACUACAUAGACGUGUACUGACAGAAGUAUCUAAUGGGAAACACAGCAAAAGUAAUAGCAACAGGAUAACAAUAUCUUAUUGGAAUAAUUCAUAAACUGAUUCAUACAUGUCUCUUGGCCCCUGCAUCAGUGAAUCAAAACAGUGCCAUAAAAUGAUUUCAUGCAUUAAAAACAAAUCAUACGAUCUGAUAUUUUUGUAUAUGUAUAUGAUACCUUUUCUGUUGCUUAACUCUCUCUCUCUCUGUCUCUGUCUCUGUCUCUCUCUCUCUCUGGAAUUUGAAUGACUUUGUUUCUAGGUACUGGCAACAUGGACAUACAUCAUUUAGGUAUACCUAUGACAGGACUCAGUACUGUGCAGCUUUUAACAGCUUUAAUGCUGGAGUCUCUGAGUGGAUGAUUAAGUCAUGGAGUAGUGAGUCCUGUGUUCAGUAUCUACAUUGGGUUUGUGAGAAACAAGCUGAAAUGUCCCCUCUGUCCUGGUAAAUUGUGAAUUAAGAAGUUCUAUUAUAUUUAGGAGAGAGAACACACCUAGUGGUGGAUUCUGAGUUUUAGAUGAUGAAGUAUCUUUAUCUGUAUGAGCAGGUAUAAUAAUAUAAAAGAUGAAAAUGUUAAACAAUAAAAAAUAAUUUUGAGAAACUUCAAUGCACAUUAAGAAAGCUGUUUGAUUAGAAGUUGUUGGGUGUGAUUUCAUCCAUGCGAGCAGCACAGCAUCGGGAUGGCAAUGAUGUCUAUUACUUUGGUCCAUACCAAGCAGCAACCUCCAUGACUGUGAAGUGAAGCCAACAUAGAAAUAAUAGAAUAAUAAAUAAUAAAAACUGCAUUUCCUCAAAUGACCACUUGAGGCUGGCUACAGUCUCCUUAAGUCCCCAUGUUAAAAUGUCCAACUUCACAGCAGAAAUAAACAUGUUUACAGCCUGGUCUCUAUAGUUAUAGCUUUUUCCCCAUUCAUGACAUGUACUGAGGAUAAAUUUUUAUAGAACUGGUCUGCUUGAAUGUUAUUAAGAGCAUGGCCGCUUGAAUUUAUGGGUGGGUGCCGUCACAGGUGGCUUGUCUGAGCAACCAGGGUUCAUGAAGCCCAGCCACGAUCCACAUCUUUACCCAUUUUUGAAAUAUCCACACUGUACCUCAACAUCACUUUUUACAGACAUUUAUGUUUCCCAGAGGACACAAUGACAUUUAUGGUUCCAAGUUAAAGACCUCAAGAAUUAUUAACUUUUAUAUCUAUUGUAAUGGAAUUUUCUAUAGAAAUUUGGAUGGGACAGAUAUUCAUGGGGCCAAGACGAUCCUGUGCUCUAAUGAAGUUGGUGACACCCUGGCUUUUCCUGUUAGGGCAUCAUGAGUUUCAGGCUUUACAACUACAGAAUGGAUUGGUGUGAAAUUCAGUGUACAUUCAUGAUCCCCAUUAUAAUAACUUUGGUUAUCCUCAGAUGUUUAGUGCCCUACUGGUCAAAAAAUUAAUUUUGUAUGUAUGUGUAUGUUUUCCAUCAGUCUCAACUGUACUUUUUUUAUUAACACUUUUUAGCAUACCCAUAAGCAUCAGGAUGGCUGUAGAGACUAUGUGUGUGUAUAUAUAUAUAUAUAUAUAUAUAUAUAUAUAUAUAUAUAUAUAUAUAUAUAUAUAUAUAUAUAUAUAUAUAUAUAUAUAGUAAGUAAUAUGCAGUAUAUCUAUGACUUAAAUGAUUAAAUUGUACAACACAACAUGCUACUAAUACAACUACAAUUCAGUGGAUAGUUUAAUUGCAAACUGAAAUGACCCUGAGUGGAAUUUCCUGUUAUUGAAGUUCUUCUGCUGGUCUCAUUCACACCCUUCCUGUUCUGUGACUGGACAUGUUUAUCCUCAUGCUUUCCGCUUCCCGCUUGCAGUAGCUAUGGAAAAUUUGUGUGCUGACAGAUACUUACAAUAGAGGCAGUCUGAGAAAAACACCAACCCCUAAAAACAUGUCUAUUUUAAUAUAUGCAGUAUGAUGCCUUUGACACAGUUCACCAUCACAUCCUCCUCUUUAUUCUCUCAAACAUGGGCAUCUCUGGCUUAGCUCUCUUCUGGUUUAAAUCCUACCUGACAGGGUGCUCAUUCAGUGUAUCCUGGUUUGGACAGUUGUCCACUUCUCAUCACCGCACCACAGGGGUGCCUACCACUAUUUGCUGUCUACACCACCUCCCUGGGUCCGAUUAUCCACUCACAUGGCUUUUCCUAUCACUGCUAUGCAGACACUCAGCUCUAGCUGUCAUUUCAUCCUGAUGACCCCUCGGUCUCUGGAGUUUCUGUGUCUCUCUAUCUCUAUCACAGGUCCCACUGCUACUGUAAUCAUUUUAUCAUUCAUUGUAAUUGUACAAUAUGUUUGUGUUGAUUUGUCCUGUACACGUGACAUCCAUUGCA